CUGGCUGUGAUUCUCGACACGGCCAGACAGGUUCGCUGUUGCACAGUUGAUAAAGAACCUAUAUUGGGUGAGGGGACUAUGUUGUAAAAUCUUCCAAAUAGUUACAUUUGGAUAAUUCCUUUCAUUGUUUUUAAGAAAUACUCGUCAUGGCUGAGGCUGAUAUGGACAACUUUACCUACGGAUUGUCUACACAUCUCAAGGUUGUUGUUUCUUUUCGAAAACCAAGACGUGCUGUUUUGUUCUGAGACUGACUUGCUUUUGCUGCAAGUUCUGACGUUAGCUGAACGGCUAAUCCUAAAAGUCACGUCACUUUUUAGAUUCCUAUUAAAAGUUAACUUCAUCGUGUGGCCACUGUACACGGAUGCGAUUUGAACGCCUAAUUCAAACUCGAUGUUGAAUGCUUUAAUUUCUUUUGGCAACGUUUUCGUACGUGCUGUAUAUUCGUUAAAAACAGUAAGAUAGCAAUCGUGACUACAAAUGACCAAUGACAGAUUUACAUUUAACAUAAUAAGGUAACCCUGCGGAGGUCGACAAUGCAAUAGACCAAGGAAAGUGGCGAUAUUCCCCCGCUGACUUGGCGGCUCUGGGCUCGUUUCAUGUGAGGCCUGCGGGUUCGGGCUUCCACCGAGCUUGGGUAGAGCCCUGCGCCGCGUUUGAGUGACUGGUGUCCGGAAACUGAAGCUGCCAGGUCCCGGGCCAGAAAGCCUCAGAAUGGAACGGAUGGAAGUGGACCAGUGCGCAGGCGCAACUGGGGGAGCAGGAGGCGGGGCCCUCCGUAGAUCGAACAGCGCCCCCAUGAUCACAAGUGUGAGCGACGGCAUGACGGUGUUCGGCCCGGUCAGCUCGGCCCGUUACCGGCGGAGCAGUGUCUCUGUCAACCCCAGCUGUCCUUCCCGGCAAAUUCCCUUGUCUCCGUUCUCAUUGACCAAUGACAGACUAGAACACAAGACACAGGAAGAGAACAUGGAAACGGCACUGAGAGGAAGUCUUCGGCGACUCAGUUCUUCCACUCUGAUCCCGUUGCCUUCGUCCAGCCAGUGGCACCAUCACUCCCCAGGGGGUUUUCACGCUGGGCAAGAUGGCGGUGUCACUCCUAAUUCAUCCCCCAGCCCCACUCGGAGGUUCAGGCCAGUGACGAGCUCCACAGUGACGAGCUCUACAGUUACGAGGCCUAUGCUGACUGCUCUGAAGAGGAAAGGAGGGGUGGAGUCUGACGGCCCUCCAAAGAAGCUUUUUGUUGCUGGGGUAACAGAUCCCGCCCACCACAAUAAUUACACAGUCAGUGUGUCUCAGGCGGUUGUGGGUUCCCCCCCGGGUGGAGGUGUAGUGUUGUGCUCCAGCCCCCAGGACAGCCCCCUAUCCCUCUCCCCACCUCCCUCCUUCAGCUCCCACCACCCCAGACACUAGCCCUCCUACCCCAGACCCCAGCACCACCACCUCCACCACCACCACCACCACCAGCCCCACCCAGCUCCAUCAGCCUAUCAGCACUUCUGCCUCACUGAAGAACAGGAUGAUUACCUCGGACAUCGGACGGUAAUCACAACCACUUUUCAUUCGUUCUUUUUUUGCGUGACUAGGAGCCAAUCAGACACCUUCAAUUGUGAUCAAUGUCCCGCCCAUCGACUGCUGUACCAUUGGAGUUGACCAGACGUUGUGGUGCUUUGUUUUUGCUCUGUGAUCACGUGACAUGUGAUCACACGCCCACGUUGGACCCUGCGUCUGCUGGACAGAGCCUACUCUUGGACCGCGAGCAAAAAAACUAAACGUUGAGGUCAUCUGGCGGGAGUGUUGAUCAUGGACUUGACAUGGUCUUCUUUAGUUUGAUAGAGGAAGUACACGCAGGGAGAAGGAAAGGAUGCUGCUAGGAGUGCUAUCGGUCCAGCUGCUCAGACAUCUCCGCUGUGGUCUGUUUCCCAUUGAGUGGGGAGUCGACAUAGGGGACCUUGCAUUGUUGUGCUGUUGGGAUACAUGAAGGGCUCACACCUAGAUAGCCAGGGGGUGUAGUUUAAAUUGGAUUUGACCGCUCAAACUAGACCGAACUUCUGUAUUCUUAACUUUCCAUAUUUGGAAUGUUUUGAUGGCGAAACGCAUUUAACUCCGAAACGCGUUCUGUUUGAGUUCUUGAGUUCUAAUCAAGAUGUUGGGAGCCGUGCGGGGCAGAUAAAACCUUUCAAGUUAGACUAGGGUGGAUGAUUAUUAAGAACAGUAAACGAAAACCAAAUCAGAGAAAACCCGGUUCCGUUCUGUACUGUCUCCACGCUAUAUCAUCAACGUUCUUCUGCCAGAGCCAUGUUCAAGGCACGUCACUCUACUCCUGUGUACGUGUUGCUUAGUGACGUAAAUUCUAGUUUCUCCAGUAUAUACGUUUCUUCCAGAAGUGUCUUCAAGUCGCAUCUACGCCUCAGUUCUCAGUACCUAGGUCAGAGCCGAGAUUCGGUUUAAUGACCGUUGAAAAGACGCACCAUUAAACGUCGGUUAUGAAGGGCUUUAGCUGAACUAUCUGAGGGGGUUUUGGGUGGAAGGAAGCACCCAUGUAGUGGAGCCCUUUGGCUCUGUGUUUCUAUGUUGAUAUUGUAUCUAUAUGUGAAUACUGUACACAUGAACCGGAUUCGCUACGACUAGCAUUCCUGCCUUUUUCUUUAGCCAGGGGUAUUCUUUUGUUUUAUUUUGUAUAGUGAAUCCCCCAAACAAAUCUCUUUACGUGUUUCCUUUUUACAGUAGUUUGUAUGAAGUAUCCAAAACUACACGUCAUAAGCACGCGAGAUGUCAAAAAGAGGUCUUACAAGCGGGCUUUGAGAAUGCAUGCAUUCCUCAGUAUCACAUCAUCGUUCAUUUGUAUUUUUAUGUGUUUUAAUGUGGUCUUGGUUUUCAGAACGAAGCCCUCAUUUUUUCAUAACAAUGGAAAUAGAAGAUUUCCUGAGCUUAUUCCAUCUAAUUCCUUUUGGUGUCGAAAGGCCUGAAGUCAGAUGUAGUCGCUUUAUGCACCGGGAAUAAUGCAAGAUAUUUAAAGCUAAACAACAAACCAAAAUAAGUAUCAUAAGUAUUGAUAUGAGUGAAUGACAACAUACAUUUGAUAUGUUGUCACGUGCUCGUAAAAAUGUGACGUUGAAAAAAAAAAAAUCUGAUUUAUGUGACUUUCCACUUUUUAAAUAUGUAACUAUUUAAAAAAAUAAGAAUUUAAAAGGAACAGAUUUUAGUCACUUUUACCAGUUUGCACAUUAUUAGAUACAGCAUCGUUUUUUUUCCAUCUUUAUGAGCAAUGUUCCAUAAAGUGUGCAGCACAAAAUUGUACGCAAUAUUUGCUUAGUGUUAUUAUUUUUUUUUUAUUAUUUUCCUGAAAAGUAAUUUGUAAACUCAAAAGUGUAUCUGUUAUGGAUCAAAGACAUUGUUGUUGGUUGGAUGGAAUAUUAUCUGUUGUUUUGCUUUCUUGUUGUCCAGCUGUGUUUUGGGAUUUCAAAAAAAAUAUUUUUUUCAGGACAAUCACUAGGAAUUCCUGAGUUAGAGGAAUUAGCAUUUUCCCAAGCCAAUUUUCUUAGAAGGAUCCUAUGUCUAAGUGUUGUGAAUUGCUAUCUCGAGAAGUACCGUUUGUAAAGUAAACUGUGUAAUGCUUGCUGUGGAUGGAAGUUCAACAUUUCUUUAUUAACUAUCAUAUUGUAUAUUUUUUCAGUCAAUAAAGUUCUAGCCCAUCAGGAUA